AAUAUGUCUGUCAGCGUGGACCGUAAGCUGUAUCCUGAUCAGCUAGUGUUUACGGCGAUCUGGGGACUUUACUGAACGCUGAUCGGCGAAGGGAUCAGCUCCAAGUUAUGUUAAAUAGUUUGCAAUUUACAGACAGCAAUCGACGGUUGGAAAAACACGAUUUUAGGUCUGGAGUGUCGCGGCCAGUGGUUGGAGGCAGGAUGAACAUUGGGACCGACAAAGAACUCAGUGAUCUCCUGGACUUCAGUGCAAUGUUUUCUCCACCAGUAGGCGGAAAUCAGCCCAUGAAGAACGGGCCCCAUAACAUGGAUAAUAUGUACCCGGGUGUGAGACCAGACGACACUGGAGCAUGGGUGUCCCCAAAUCAGCAGUCCAACCCUGGGGGUCAAAACUACGAGUCUCGGGGACAGAUGUACGAAGCCAGUUAUAAUGGUCAAAGUGAUAUGCACCCUUUUUUACACAAUGACAUGAACUCUAUGUCAAAUAAAAAUGCUGAUCUAAAUUACGGGCGGCCGUACUCAUCACGGGAUGGGGGUAUGCCUCCUCAGGGCAUGAUGGGUAACAGUAUACCCAUGUCACCUGACUCCUUGUCUCCGGCGGGGAAGCCCGGCUCUCCAUAUUAUCACUACAGUAAGCGAUCAUCAGUGGAAGAAACGAUACGAGGUGGCAGGGCAAAUAUAAAAUAUACAUCUCCAGGUACGGCUUCCAAACGAAGAAAAAACAAUAUGGUGUAUUCACAGAACCCUGAUGAAUAUGGGCAGGACUUGCCGCGGUACCCUUCCCCCAAGUCAGGGCUGUACGGCGGUGAACCCUCAUAUUACACGGACGCGCCUCACAACACAAAUGAUCUGUGGUCCAACAACAACAACGGUUUGGCCUCAUCAACGUCCUACCCCUCAAGUUCCACCUCACAUUACACGCAGUCUUCAUCAUACGGCUCCAUGCACCAUCCCCACGAUAUGGGCCUAUAUCUGUCUGAACUUUAUCAGAACACGUAUUUGCUCAAAAAACAUGAAUUUGUGACCGAUUUGAUGGGCUACUCGACCUUAUCACCCGGUCAUAAUGCAAUGAUGACCCCAGGUCUUCCUCCUAUGUCCAUAUUCCGGCCGGACGGUCAGUUACCGCCCUCGUCAUCCGGCUACUCAAACACGUCCCCGACGGUCAAUGGUUCGGAGAUAAUCAACAGUCGAGGAUCCCAGGGCAGCUCCCAAACAGGGGAUGCUCUGGGCAAAGCUUUAGCAUCUAUUUAUCCAGCUGAACACACCAGUAGUAGCUAUGGUUCAAAUCCAACAACACCUGUAUCUUCUCCACCGCCCAUGACAGGUCCCGGAACAUGGAACAGACCGACUACACAAAGCACUACCUCACCAUUUGAAAGUCACCUUCAAUCCUUGGUGAGUGCCCCAGGCCAGAGCCAAAGUCGGAUGGAAGAGAGACUGGACGAUGCUAUACAUGUUUUACGCAAUCACGCGGAGGGUCAGAUGCCUGGCCUCCCUAGCCAUCCCACAAUACCCGGCAUGAUGCCGCCACAUUCCAAUGGAAUUAUGGGUAACAUGAGUGGCUACCCGGGAAUGGGCAUGCCCAGUCACCUCGAUUCUCAUCUGGGCGGUCCGCACAGCUUAGGGGACACAGGGCGUGGCCAGACCAGCCUGUCAUCAGUAUCCUCCGACCAACAGAAGCCUUACGAUGUUCUUCAUAGUGAUGAUGGUAGUGGGAAGACAACCGAUGGUAGCAUCAAGGUGGAAAAAUUAGAAUCGGACAAUUCAAAGAAAACAAAACCGAUAAAACCAGACCCUCUAGACGACACUGAAAUUGGCGGUCCACACUCUAACCAAUCAGCAUCUUCCAGUUCUAAUGCCCCGCCUUCCAAGAGAUCGCGACGCAGCACUGAGCAGGCCACUGGAGAUGAAGAUGAGUCGCCGGAGACAAAAGUGGAACGAGAGCGAUUGCGACGUCAAGCUAACAAUGCUCGGGAAAGUGACGAACCAGAGGACCCCGAACAAGCUGCUUUGAGACGCCAAGCGAAUAAUGCUAGGGAAAGGGUUCGAGUUCGAGACAUUAAUGAAGCGUUCAAGGAGCUCGGUCAGAUGGUGACAUUACAUGUGGGGAGUAACCAGCCACUGACAAAGUUGAUGAUUUUACAACAUGCUGUCAACGUGAUUACAUCAUUGGAGCAACAAGUUAGAGAACGAAAUCUAAAUCCCAAAGCAGCAUGUCUGAAGAGGCGAGAAGAAGAAAAGACAGAAGAGCUUCCUGGACGUUCGAUGAGCGCAGAGGAGCUCGCACAGCAGGCCGCAUUAGCGGGUAAGAUCUUGGGAGGACUAUUUCAGCAAGCAUGAGCAGGUAAUGACAAACCAGCAACCAGAAACAAUGGAGAUCUGGGCGACCACAAACUUGGACCAACCUAGGUGGCGCUGUAAAAACAGUGGUUCCAGGUUGCUAUGGCAACAUGUGCUGUGAUGACCCAUGACCUUUUGAGAGACCUUUUUACAGACUCCACUGACCGAAGAGUUCUUCCUAACCUGUACAUUGUGUUUACAAAGCUACUGAAAACAUUUGUGCCUGGGCGUCAGUGUCGUUGUCGUCAUCGGCCUGGUCUUCCGGGGACAGAAAGCUGCCUUAAGAGGGUUGUCAAGGGAGCUAACUGUGCCAUCCUCAGGAAACUGGUGUGACGUUAUUAAGCGAGAUUUUAGUCAUGUUAGGCAGAGACCUCCGAGGGUAGCCUUUGAGGGUACGUGCUGCUGCCGUCAUUGUCAUGGAGACGGACACAUUCAACGUUCGUGUCACAGCAUGAUGUGAAUGUGACACUAUUGCGAGGUUUAUCUUUUCAUUUUUUAGGAACCUUUUUUGUUACCUCUGUAGGUCUUUUAUUUGCGACCUGUUGAAGCACCUGUUGUCUCAGUUGGGUACCCUCGUGCGUAUUCAUGAAGGGGUUAAGCUGGGCCAUUCAGCUAAGACAGGUUUCACCAGUCGGCCAAUCACAGGACGUCAAUGUCUGUUCUCACUCUCCAGGGCUGCACACUUUUCACAUCCCUGUGGAUUUGCAACCUCAGGACGUCGUAGACUCUCACGAAUCACCUCCUGUCACCAUGGAAACGACCUUGACCCAGCAGAGCUGACAUUUUAAAGUGCUAAAAGCUUGGGGCUGCGAUCAAACGUCACCAGAAUCUUUAUAACUUAUAGAGGAGGCGCUAUUUUUUUAAGAGGACUCGACUUUGGUGUAUCUGUGCAUUUUACCCUCAGACCCCGACCCCUCCCCGACCCCCCUCCAACAUUCUUGUCGUACUUCCCCAGAUUCCUG